AUGGGUUUCAGACUGUCUACUCAGCAGAGCCCUCCAUGUCAUGUGUUCAAUUCUUCAAUCCCUCCACCUACCAAUCCUUCUACUCUUCAAUCCCUCCGCCAACCAAUCCUUCCACUCUUCAAUCCCUCCGCCAACCAAUCCUUCCACUCUUCAAUCCCUCCACCUACCAAUCCUUCCACUCUUCAAUCCCUCCACCUACCAAUCCUUCCACUCUUCAAUCCCUCCACCUACCAAUCCUUCUACUCUUCAAUCCCUCCACAUACCAAUCCUUCUACUCUUCAAUCCCUAUCAAUCCUUCUACUCUUCAAUCCCUCCACCUACCAAUCCUUCCACUCUUCAAUCCCUCCACCUACCAAUCCUUCUACUCUUCAAUCCCUCCACAUACCAAUCCUUCUACUCUUCAAUCCCUCCACCUACCAAUCCUUCUACUCUUCAAUCCCUCCACCUACCAAUCCUUCUACUCUUCAAUCCCUCCACCUACCAAUCCUUCUAGUCUUCAAUCCCUCCACCUACCAAUCCUUCUACUCUUCAAUCCCUCCACCUACCAAUCCUUCUAGUCUUCAAUCCCUCCACCUACCAAUCCUUCUACUCUUCAAUCCCUCCGCCAACCAAUCCUUCCACUCUUCAAUCCCUCCACCUACCAAUCCUUCCACUCUUCAAUCCCUCCACCUACCAAUCCUUCCACUCUUCAAUCCCUCCACCUACCAAUCCUUCUACUCUUCAAUCCCUCCACAUACCAAUCCUUCUACUCUUCAAUCCCUAUCAAUCCUUCUACUCUUCAAUCCCUCCGCCUACCAAUUCUUCUACUCUUCUUCAAUCCCUCCACCUACCAAUCCUUCUACUCUUCAAUCCCUCCACCUACCAAUCCUUCUACUCUUCAAUCCCUCCACCUACCAAUCCUUCUACUCUUCAAUCCCUCCACCUACCAAUCCUUCUACUCUUCAAUCCCUCCACAUACCAAUCCUUCUACUCUUCAAUCCCUCCACCUACCAAUCCUUCUACUCUUCAAUCCCUCCACCAACCAAUCCUUCUACUCUUCAAUCCCUUAACCUACCAAUCCUUCUACUCUUCAAUCGCUCCACCUACCAAUCCUUCUACUCUUCAAUCCCUCCACCUACCAAUCCUUCUACUCUUCAAUCUCUCCACCAACCAAUCAUUCUACUCUUCAAUCCCUUAACCUACCAAUCCUUCUACUCUUCAAUCGCUCCACCUACCAAUCCUUCUACUCUUCAAUCCCUUAACCUACCAAUCCUUCUACUCUUCAAUCGCUCCACCUACCAAUCCUUCUACUCUUCAAUCCCUCCACCUACCAAUCCUUCUACACUUCAAUCCCUCCACCUACCAAUCCUUCUACUCUUCAAUCCCUCCACCUACCAAUCCUUCUACUCUUCAAUCCCUCCACCAACCAAUCAUUCUACUCUUCAAUCCCUUAACCUACCAAUCCUUCUACUCUUCAAUCGCUCCACCUACCAAUCCUUCUACUCUUCAAUCCCUCCGCCUACCAAUUCUUCUACUCUUCUUCAAUCCCUCCACCUACCAAUCCUUCUACUCUUCAAUCCCUCCACCUACCAAUCCUUCUACUCUUCAAUCCCUCCACCUACCAAUCCUUCUACUCUUCAAUCCUUCCACCUACCAAUCCUUCUACUCUUCAAUCCUUCCACCUACCAAUCCUUCUACUCUUCAAUCCCUCCACCUACCAAUCCUUCUACUCUUCAAUCCCUCCACCUACCAAUCCUUCUACUCUUCAAUCCCUCCACAUACCAAUCCUUCUACUCUUCAAUCCCUCCACCUACCAAUCCUCCUACUCUUCAAUCCCUCCACCUACCAAUCCUUCUACUCUUCAAUCCCUCCACCAACCAAUCCUUCUACUCUUCAAUCCCUUAA